AUGGCCGAAGAUAAGGGAACCCUCAAGCUUGAUCCCAAGCACGAUCAGUUCGACUACCCAAUUGUAUCUGCCAACACUCAGAGCGGUCACCCAGGCCACACAACACCCGAGCAGGAAGCCCAAGUCUACCAGUUGCGCAUGAAGUUGGAGGCAGCUGGCUACACCGACCGAUUAGACUCUCUGACUCUUCUCCGAUUUCUACGAGCCCGUAAGUUCGAUGUCGCGCUCUCCGAGAAGAUGUUCGUCGACUGCGAGAACUGGCGCAAGGAAAUCGACCUCGACGAUCUGACCCGAAACUUCAAGUACGAGGAGAAGCCCCAAGUUUCUGCGUACUACCCCCAAUACUACCACAAGACAGAUAAAGAUGGUCGACCUGUAUACAUUGAGCAGAUGGGCAACAUUGACCUAAACGCCAUGUACAAGAUCACAACAGCCGAGCGCAUGCUGAACAAUCUCGCUGUCGAGUACGAGAAGCUCGCCGAUCCCCGUUUACCAGCAUGCUCCCGCAAAACUGGACACCUACUGGAGACCUGCUGCUCAGUAAUGGAUCUCAAAGGCGUUGGAAUUACAAAGGUCCCCUCCGUCUACUCCUACGUCAAGCAAGCCUCCGCCAUCUCACAAAACUACUACCCUGAGCGAUUGGGGCGCCUGUACCUUAUCAACGCCCCAUGGGGCUUCAGCAGCGUCUUCAAUAUCAUGAAGGGCUGGUUGGACCCUGUCACCGUCGAGAAGAUCCAUGUCCUUGGAGGUGGUUACCAGAAGGAGCUUUUGGCUCAGAUUCCUGCUGAGAACCUUCCCAAGAUCCUUGGUGGGUCUUGCGAAUGUCCUGGCGGUUGCUCGCUCAGUGAUGAGGGGCCAUGGACCGAUGCUCAAUGGGCUAAGCCACCAAAGUGGGCUAAGGCUCCUGAGGAGAAGGCCGCUGCUCCUGCUCCUGUCAUUGACAACACUGCUACCAACCCACCUACCAUCCCCGAUGCAGGUGCUGCACCACCUGUUGCCGCUGCCCCGGCACCGGCCGCUCAACAGCCUGUUCAGGAUGAGAUCAAGGCUGCGCCUGCACCACAGUAG